GUGCAACAUGGAUGAUCAUCUUGCUCACAGAUGGUAAGGGCAAUGCCAACAUUUAAGUUAGAUGUGAAUACCUCGUCAGUCAACACAAUUCACCUUUGAUAUUAUCCGUGAUCGAUCUUUUCUGGCUUCUAUCAUGGAGAGUUCAUCAAUUUGGCGCCUUCCCGAAGUCUCCAAGGCAGCACGGAUGAGCAUAAGGGGACUUCCCGCAAUCCCAACAAGUCCACUCAGGCCGGACACUCCCCCUUCAAUUGCAAGAGACUUCUGGAUACCCCAAGUCUCCGGAGAUGGUCAGAUUUACUAUGCCAACACAGUCACCGGGCAACUAUCUCGUGAUCUACCGUUCGACGCGGAGGAUGAGACGUUUGAUUGUGAUCUUGCGGGCUUAACUUCAUCACAAUCGAGCUCUCGUGCUGGCACCGGCGCUGGUCUCGGUUUUUCUUAUGGGGAUGUUAACGCUCUAUCCAUCGUGAACAAUCCUUCUCAAUACCAGUCGAUUCCAGUGGAGCCCGCCCGGCCACCCUACACGUCAUUAUCUCAUUACCCAAAUAACCUAGCUGGUGCUCUGACGGCUCCCGUAAAACCAUCUUCGCCAUCCCUUCUCACAGACCUUCCACCAGGCCGCAACCGUGCCCAGACAGAUUCUUCUGCGCUUUCUUUGAAUCGUCACACGUACCGCGUUCCCAGUGGUCUCUCUAAUCCGCCGAAUGACCAAGUACUAAAGAGGAGUUUUACUAUGCGGGAGAACUCAUAUACUAGUCAUCAGACGUUUUUGUCUAUGGAUCAAGAUCCUCGUCUCUUCUCGUACUCUCACCGUCCGCAUAUGGCCAGAAAGGGCUCUCGAUUAAAGGAAGCUGCCGCAUUAUCCAUACUCCCCCAAGUCCAUGAACUUCCACCAGACGAAGAUCCUUCUCACCUCUUGACUGCAAUACCAUCUCUGGAGGAAAUACUUUCUCCUCGUCCACCAGAGCUCAUUUCUGAAUUACUAGAUCGGUCUCAACAUGCUAUUCGCUCUGUGAUCACUCACCUGCAGCAGUUUGGAAUCCCUCGCAUUGCAGAUGAUGAAGUCAUUGUCGAUCGCCUCAUCAACACCACCAUCGCUUCAGUUCGUGAUCAACUCUAUGUCUCUGGCCCUUCUUUCGGUCAAAUACCAAGUCAUCUUGUUCCGGAAGGAUCACAAGAUCAACAGAGCACGAGCACUGCGUCGCAUACGUUACUUGUUCCUGCACAGCGUCGAGCUAUUGCGACACUCUCGAAGUUUCUACUCUCUGCGAGAGCGAUCUUGAAUGAUGGUCCUUGGAGCCCAGGUGACAGCAUCGGCAGCCUUGCAACUGAUGCUACAGAACUUGAGCGCUCUGUUGUCGAUUUCGUGUCCAUCACGCAAAGUUGUCGUUGUGAUGAGUUGGAUUGCGACAAGGCUCCGAGACACUUGCAGGGUUACUUCCUAGCACCACAUGCAGGACUUGGGAAGGCUGGGGCUGGGGCUGCUGGAGCUUGGAAAGGAUUUGGUUGGGUCACCAUCGAUGGCAAUGAGGAGGCUCCCCGGCGGAGCUUGGACAGCGCAGUCUUAAACGACAUCGUGGGGCUUGUAUUGCAGGUACAAGACAAAUCAAAUGAAUUCCUUGAAAGCUUACGCGCUUCUGCACCUGCCGGCGUGGUAACGCCAGCAGGCUUACGAAUGAUGAAUCAAUUGUCAUCCCUCCUCCUCCACAUUGGAGACCUGCAUGUCGCUCGGCAUGUCGACAUCGAACCGGUGGAUCAGGCGGAACUCAAUGAUGGUGCUCGAUAUCUCCGGACCGUUGAGAAAGCCAGGGUCCUCGUACGGUCGUUCGAAGCCACUACUCAGGCUGUAUACGACGACGGCGCUGCACUACUCACUACUACACAGAGGAUCCGGCAUGUAGAAGAAUCCGAAACAUGGCGUGGUCGGGAUGAACAUUAUGAUACCCUCGAGGCGCUGAAUUCCUCAUUAGACUUUAAUCUUCAGGUUCUGCGACAGACUCUAGAAAGUCUUCUUGUCAUCGUGCAGGAACAGACAGAUAUUCUUGAACGGAGCAACAAGAGCCCCAUUGAGUGGCGUAUGUCACAACGUAGCCUCAUCACAGCAAUGUUGGCCGAAGAGGCACUUAACGGCUCGAAUAACGACCUCUACAAUAACAAUGACGAAGCAGAUGAUAUCCUCAGGAAUAUUGCAAGUAGCGAUAAUACCACGCCCACAGCGGAAAUACCGGCUCCGCCUGUAAUAAACGAACAACUACCCCUAAUAUCCGAUACAGUACCAUGGGCUGACCAUGAAGAUCUUCGCAUAAUAAGAACACCCCCUCGACAGGAUAAGAUCAGGGCGUUUUUUGGUGACGAUGCGCCUUCUCACUAUCUCAUUACCCUCAAUGCCGAAACAAAACCUUGGUAUCUGAGACCGACGUACGAUCCUAAUGAUGUGCUAGUUGACCCCGAUGGAACUACGCGAGGCGGAACUAUUACAGGCCUAGUCGAGCGGCUAACUGCUCACGAGUAUGCUGAUCCCAAGUUUAGCAAGGCUUUCCUAAUGACUUAUAAGACCUUCACUACUCUUGAUGAAUUGUUCAGGUUGUUGGUGGAACGCUUCUGGAUACAGCCUCCAGAAGGACUAAACUCCCCGGAGCUGGUGGAGUGGCGGAAGCUCAAGCGGCAGAUUAUUCGUAUCAGGGUCAUUAAUACGAUCAAGUCAAUGGUUCAAGAUGACGAUGUAUUAGAGAGAGAUGACGCAUACAUCCUCGACCGUAUGAUGGAAUUUGUUUCGCAUGAUGAAGUCAUCAAUCUACCCGCAGCAAAGCAGCUUAUGGUGAUUAUUAAACGUGCUCAGCGAGGGCGUGAUCCGAACAAAGUGACGAUUAGCACGGCUCUGGAUCCGCCACCUCCACCAAUAGUCCCUAAACGGAUGGAGCUACUUGACAUCGAUGCCUUGGAACUGGCAAGGCAAUUGACGAUCACAGAAAGUCAGUUAUAUCAGAAGAUUCGACCUUCUGAAUGCCUUCUGCGGUCCAAGGAAUCGAAAACUGACCACCACGACAACAUCGCAAACUUCAUUCGCCGUAGCAACAGAGUAGCCAACUGGGUUGCAUAUGCCAUCCUGUGUAAAGACGAACCUCGCAGACGUGCUUCCAUCAUGAAACAUUUCAUCAGUGUCGCUGAUCGCUGCAGGCACAUUCAGAAUUUUUCGACCAUGUUAGCCAUCGUGUCUGGCCUAAACUCAUCACCUAUCCGUCGGCUUAAGCGCUCUUGGGAGCAAGUAGGCACCAGAUACAUGUCCCAAUUGGAAACAUGCGAGACAACAAUCAAUUCUUACAAGACGUUUAACAUCUAUCGAUACGCCCUUGCAAAAGUUUCCCCGCCGUGUGUUCCGUUCGUUGGUGUGUUUCUUACUGCCCUGACACAUAUUCAAGACGGCAGUAAGGAUUACCUUCCAAACAACCUGGUGAAUUUCCGAAAACGCCAGAAGGCUUCAGAGGUAAUCCAAGACCUUCAACGCUGGCAGACUCAGCCGCACAACUUCCAUCCCCUCCCAACUGUUCUUGUUUACUUGGAUGACGCACUUGGACAGUUUGGCGACAAAGAUGUCAGCGAUGUCUUCUGGCAGCUGAGUCUAGAAAGGGAGCCGCGCGAAAAGGAAGAAGAGAAACUUGCAAGGAUGCUACAUGAAAGCGGGUUCUUUUGAGCCUCACUAGAAUUACUCUACGAUCCUGACACUUCAUACUAGUAGCACUACCGCUUAGACACGCAAAUUCCCUCGCAUUACUGUAUCGUUGGGCACCGACUUGAACGUACUUCUAUUGAUAAGUUAUCCCAAUCACCGUUAGACGAUGGCAUCCUUCCAAUGUAUCUACUAUCAGUCCAGCCUGGAUUCCACUGGCAUGACAUGAUGUGCUGUUGGUUAUCUUUAUG